GAUAGAGUUAUUAGAAUCUUAGGAUUCGCUGUAGUGGUGGAUGAGUGAAGUUGCUCUUGCGUGUCAGAAGUCGUGCGUUGUAAGCAUCGUGUCAGUAAAGAUGAAGGGUUUUGCUAUAGUGGUUUUUCUUUCCAUUCUAGCCAUUUCUCAUUAUGUUGAAGCUAAACCUGCUGGAGCUUCACCCGACGCGUCGACAAAGAAUAAAAGUUCAGACAGUGAAAUCGCUGUACCGCCGAAUAAUGGGAAACCUGGAAGUGAUGACGUGCCAACCACCUUAGUACCUGUUGGAAGCACCGUAAUUACAAAUGGGGAAGUGCCAACUCUUGCACCUGGCGCGACACAAAGUACCACUUUAUCCAGCAGCAUUAACAUAGCCACUGUAGCUCCUACCAGCAUGAAUGGUUCUGCACAAGCCCAUAAUGAUUCAGCAAAUACUACUACUACUACUACUACAACAACUCAGAGCUCAAGUUCUGACUCAUCACCAACUACAACUACUAUUGCUAGUACAACUACAACUAACAGUUCAUCGAGUACCGAACCAACUCCAUUACCCACGUCAACAUCAUCAAAACAAAUUGUUACUUCGCCAAUCCCAUUUGUAGAAACGUCAACUCAGUCAAUUCCAGUAAAAGAUCGCAGAUUUGAUGGCCCAAGCUUCAUUGGUGGAAUUGUGCUUUCUUUGGGCACAAUGGCAAUUGGAUUUGUGGCUUUCAAGUUCUACAAAGCUCGUACAGAAAGGAACUAUCACACUCUUUAAUUGACUGUGUUGUUAUUUUGGAAUUGGAAUAUCAAGAGGUCAUAUUUUGCUUGUGUAAAAGUUACUUUAUACAGAAAUCUCUGGAACAAAUGUUUAUAGGUCCUAUUUCCAGUACAUUUAUAGAAUCUCACUUACACGUAAAAUAAUAGUUAAAAUUGUCUUGAUUACUGACCACUGUCUGUUAUUAUGGGAACUUAGGAUAUAGAUGUUAAAAUGCUUAAUUGGCAUACAUUUUGAGAUGUCAGUGGUGGUUGUGAUGAGAUUAAAUUCUCAUGUAUUUACAUCAUGCCUGCCUGUACAGUUACGAAUGUAUAUUUUUUGAUCAGUGUAUUUGCAAAAUGCUUUGCUCAAGUCUGCUUUGUGGUUACUGUACAGAGUUGACACUGAUUUGUGGAUAGAUGUUUUUCCAGGCAAAUUGAGAGCAUAUAAAGUAUGUAAUAAGUCACAAGUUGCAUUCACUGCACAUUUUUUAUAUUCUAUGUGCAACCACAAAUUGUAAUUGUUGCUGUAAAAAGAUGUAACACACUGUUUUGUUUUCAUAAUAUUUUUUCUUUCCCCUUUCAACAUUUUGGCUUGUUGAGAAUGUUUGACAGGUCAGUUGUAAAUGCAGGUUACAGUGAUGUGAUGAUGAAAACUGUCUGCAUAGUAAAGCUACCACCUGGAUAUUAACAAUGUACUGUAUGAAAAAUGACUAUUUUUGGUCCAUAUUUUUCAACUUCCAAUUUAAUAUACUUCAGCAAUAUCCUGGCUUACAGACAUGAAAAUCUGCUUACAUCACAAUCUCAACUCCUUAAUAUUUAUGUACAGUUAGGAUAUAGUCUGUGAUCACAUUAAAAUAUUUAAUUAAGAUUGUUAUGGGGUAAGUAAUAAGAGUGGAGUGUGUGAAAGAUUGUCAUAUGUUACUGGCGUCCAUAAUAGUAAGGUAUUUUUUGUUUUUGUUAAAUUUUUUUCUGCCGGACAUUUCAGUGAAAUGUAAGCCAUGGCACGAGUUGUUUUUUCUGUAAACAGUUUAGGUUGGUUAUGUCCUUAGUGGUAGGUUCAGUGCUCAGUUGAGCUAGCUAAAAGGAAUUCAAACUACUAGUAUCACAGUAUCAGGCAGGUGUCCUGAAAUUUGAAACUGAACUGUUUAUUUUUUGAAUUAAUGAGUACUGCUACUCACACUUUAUUUUUGUGUAGCCAGCAAGAGGUGGCCUUGCUUGAGGCAAUAUCUGGAGAUCUAACCCUGAACAAAAGUAUUUCUUUCAAACUCCUUUCAGCCAUGUUCAGCAAGUUCUGAAGACUGAAAUCUGUGAUAUUGAAGUUAAGAGUGUGUGUGUGUGUGUGUGUGUGUGUGUGUGUGUGUGUGUG